AUGAAAGGACAGCUUCUAAUUAUAUUUGCCGCCAUUACAUUCUCAGCUGCCAUGGUUCCUAAACUUAGGCGGGCGGUGAACAUGGACGAAGAUGAGGAAUUUUUAAAAUCAGUCUCCUCAACGUCGGAGAAAUCUAAAGAAAUUUGUAUGCCGCAAACACCGUGCGCUUGGUCAAUCUAUAAAUCCCGCCAAAAGAUUAUUGAUACACAGAUCACAAAUACGUAUUGUCAUUGCGGGGCUGGAACGACGUGCCAGAUCAAUGAGGACGACGCGAACGUUGGUGCCUUUAUCCACCGUUGCCGACCACCCGUCGAUAAUGAUGAGAACACGGAAAGCUAG